AAAUAGCCUACCGUCUGAAUAGUUUGUCCAGUCCAUACGAAAAAUACAUUUGCUUUGAUCACACUUGUACUGUCAAAGAACGGUACUCGUUUGGGAGGCAUUUAGGGAUGACAAGUGGGACUUCUGUUCAAUGAAAACAUCCCUCCAGCAAGUUUCUAUCAUGCCAUUUCAGUCCCAUCGUGAAAGAGACACCGUAAACAUAUCGGAUCUUGACUUUAUGACCCAGAAGGCCCUGCAGCCAAACUCCAAAGACAGAUGGUGCAACAAGCAGUGACAGUGCUGAAGAUUCACUAUCCUGACCUGUCAGUGUUUUUAAUGUUACUGCCAAAGACAUGUGAUUUGUGCAGGCAUUGGCAAGGGCUCAUGCCUCCUAGCAUGAAAGAUCUGUGAUUGAAAAGGUACAAACUUCUCCAGUCUUGAGUCACAAGAAGGGGAAAUGCAAAAUGGUGGACUCUCAAUGCCGGUGCGGAAGUUUGCAUUUAACCAAACAUGACAGUCAAUCCCAAAGACAUUCAACUAGUGAAUGAACCGUAAAUAAACCCAAAAUGGUUCCCUCAGAUGAGAACAUCACGUUCCCUGUGUCAGAAAACUGUCCCAACUGCAGUUCCUCCUCCUUCGCUGAGGUGGAUAUCACUAAGGCGGUGACCCUGGGCCUGGUGAUGGGGGUGUUUGUCAUCUUCGGGGUUCUCGGUAACAUCCUGGUUAUCCUGUCUGUGGUGUGCCACCACCACCUACGCUCCGUCACACACUACUUCAUCGCCAACCUUGCGGCGGCAGACCUGCUCCUGAGCUCCACCGUGCUGCCGUUCUCUGCCACCUCAGAGGUCCUAGGACGCUGGGUGUUUGGCCGGUCUUUCUGCAGUGCCUGGGCCGCCCUGGAUGUUCUCUGCUGCACUGCCUCUAUCCUCAGCCUGUGCGUCAUCUCUGUUGACCGUUACCUAGCAGUCAGCUACCCGCUGCACUACCCUGCCAUGGCCACUGGGCGGCGCGGCCUGGUCGCAGUGGCAGCUCUCUGGGGCCUCUCGGCAGCCAUAUCCGUAGGUCCACUCUUCGGCUGGAAGGAGCCCGACCCAGAGGACGAGACUGAGUGCCGGAUCACAGAGGAACCGGGUUAUGCUAUUUUCUCUGCCCUGGGGUCGUUCUAUGUGCCACUAGCUGUCAUCCUGGCCAUGUAUUGCAAGGUGUAUGUGGUGGCCAAGCGGAAGACUCGAGACCUGAGGGAGGGGGGGAUGCAUACGGAGGGAGAGGGAGUGACACUGAGGAUUCAUCGGGGAAAUGCCCCUGCUAAGCCAGAGGGGCAAGAGGAGGAGAAAUGCAUCAUGAGGCGGAGACGCACCACCUUCGCCCUCAUGCACCUGCUGAAAUUCUCCCGAGAGAAGAGGGCAGCCAAGACUCUGGGCAUUGUGGUUGGCUGCUUCGUUCUCUGCUGGCUGCCCUUCUUCCUGGUUAUGCCCAUUGGCUCCAUAUUCCCAUCGUACAGGCCAUCUGACACCAUCUUUAAGAUCACCUUCUGGCUGGGCUACCUCAACAGCUGUAUCAACCCCAUUAUCUAUCCCUGCUUCAGCCAGGAGUUCCAGAGGGCCUUCCUCAACGUUCUGCAUGGACGCUGCCUCAGACAGGGUGGCAGGAGCUCCAAGUCUCUGGGGUUUGCUCCUUCCUAUAGUCCCAGUCCUGGUCCAUCGUCUCUUUUUAGAUCCCAGCCUCACGCCUCCUCCUCCUCCACCCCCCCUACCCAGCCACGCCGAGCCGCCUCCCCAGCCUCUCACGCCUCCUCCUCAGGCUGCUGGAGGACCUUCUCUGGCUCCUCGUCCUCGGUGGGGGUGCCAGGCCAUACCCAAAGUACCCGGGUCCACAGUAAAAGCCUGCUGAAGGUGUGGUGUUUUGCAGCGGGGGAGAACACGUCCCAACAGGGUGCUGCUUGCCUGAGCCCCUCAGCCCCUGGUGCUACAUGUCAAACGAAAGUCCACUGCCACUGCCUGGGAGCAAGAGGGGAGGCUGUCUGACUGGGAACACUAAAGGAUUCUGGGUAAUUAAAAUUUCCCCCAAGUUCUGGGAAAAGAUGUGGCACUUAUUGGCAUGAAGUUAAGACAUCUCUCUCUCGAGAACUGCUGGAAUCAGUCAGUACAGCUAUUGCCAUAAAACUAAUGUGUCUUCAUGUUUUGGGAAAUGGGAGAGAGUACACCCACUGAAGAAGAUACUGUAACGCACCUGGAGGUAGAGAUGUACUGUACUGUAUGUGCUUCACUGUAGAUUGAUGUACAGUAUGAAUCAAAAGGAUACACAGUGUCAGUACAGAAACUGAAUAAAGAGUACUGAGUCAGUAAAGAGACCAGGGUUGGGGAGUAGCUGAUUACAUGUAAUCAAUUACACGCAAUCUGAUUAUAAAAAACUGUAACUGCAAUCAAUUAUGUUACCAACUAAAAUAUUGUAAUCUGAUUACAGAUACUUUAGAAAAACUAGAUUACUUCUUGGAUUACUUUUAAAUUCAGAAAGGCUGUUUGCGAAAAAAUACAUUAUGACACCUUUCUGUUUUCUCAAAUCAAAAUAAUCAAAUCCAAUUGAAUUUGUCACAUACGCCAAAUACAACAGGUGUAGACCUAACAGUGAAAUGCUUACUUACAAGCCCUUAAUUAACCAACAAUGCCGUUUUAAGAAAAAUAAUAAUUAAGAAAAUAUUGACUAAAUAAACAAAAGUUU